CACCGAAUGUUGAAAUGUCCAACCUGUGAAGAGGUAAGCACUCUUGUGUGUAGCUGAGCUGAACGUCCAAUGUCGGCCUGGAUCUCCCGCUCCGUGUCGAGGCCCUACGCCCGUUGCGCCAAGCAACUCUGCAAGACAUGGGAACCCUGCAGCCCAAGUUGGCCCCUGCGGUGCCGGUCUCUCCAUGUGGACAGUCCUCCUCACGUUCCCACCCUGACCAGCAGCUAUGUCCAUGGCACCUCCUCCAUUUCUUUGCUUCCCCUCACCGUAGGCCAGAGCCUGCAGGGAGCCGUCCAGCGCUGGCCGGACCGUGAAGCCAUGGUCUUCCUGCAGGGUGGCGUGCGGAAAACAUUCGCCCAGUUUCAGCAAGAUGUUGACAAGGCAGCUGCGGGUCUCCUGGCCCUCGGCCUGAAGAGAGGUGACAGGCUGGGAAUUUGGGGACCCAACACAUAUGAAUGGAUCCUUUUCCAGUUUGCCACAGCCAAAGCUGGCAUCAUUUCGGUGUCAGUAAACCCAGCCUAUCAGCUUAAGGAACUGGAAUUUACCCUUAGGAAGGUCCAGUGUAAAGCAGUGCUGUGCCCUACCCAUUUUAAAACCCAGAACUUCUACCAGAUGCUGAGGGAUAUCUGUCCAGAGAUAGACACAGCAGCGUCAAGCAUGAUAAAGAGCUCCAGGCUACCAGACCUGCGCAUGGUGAUUUUGACAGACAGCAGACAACCAGGAACGCUCCAUGUAGAAGAUGUGAUGCAAGCAGGGGAGAGCCAACACUGCAAAGAGCUGCAGGAUCUGCAGAGCCAACUAUCCUCUGACGAGCCCAUCAACAUUCAGUUCACAUCAGGGACCACAGGGAAUCCAAAGGGAGCCACUCUGUCACACCACAAUAUCGUCAAUAAUGCCUAUUUCCUUGGUCUGCGAAUGGGUUACGGAUGGAGGCCUCGGGUGCGAGUGUGCGUCCCCGUGCCCUUGUACCACUGCUUCGGCUCUGUUUUGGGGGGAAUGUGUAUGGCGCUCCAUGGCGUCACACUGGUCUUCCCGUCCACUGGAUACGACGGCCAUGCCAACCUGGAGGCCAUUCAGAAUGAAAAGUGCACCUUCCUCUACGGCACUCCCACCAUGUUCAUCGACAUGCUCAGCCAACCAGAUUUCCACAAGUAUGACUUGUCGUCAGCUGAAGCAGGAAUCAUGGCAGGGUCCCCAUGUCCUCCUGAGAUCGUGAGAAAACUGAGAACGGACAUGAAUGUAAAAGAAAUGAUGAUAGGAUAUGGGACUACGGAGAACAGCCCUGUGACGUUCCUGGGUUUCCCACUAGACAACGAGGAGCUGAAGCUGAAUACUGUUGGCUGUGUUAUGAACCACACAGAGGCCAAGGUGGUGGACCCCUUCACUGGGGAGACAGUCCCUCUGGGGGCCUCAGGGGAACUGCUGAUCAGGGGUUACUGUGUGAUGCUGGAGUACUGGGGUGAUCCUGAGAAAACAAAUGAGGUUAUUGCCAACAGUCGCUGGUACAGGACCGGUGACAUUGCCAGUCUGAAUGACUUGGGAUACUGCCGUAUUGAGGGACGCAUAAAAGACAUGAUCAUUAGAGGCGGGGAGAACAUUUACCCUGCCGAGAUAGAGCAGUUCCUUCAUACCCAUCCCAAAGUACAGGAGGCACAGGUGAUUGGAGUGAAAGAUGAGAGGCUGGGAGAGCAAGUGUGUGCCUGUAUCAAGCUGAAGGAAGGCCAAGCCUCCAGCGCUGAAGAGAUAAGAGCUUUCUGCAAAGGCCAAAUGUCUCACUUCAAGGUUCCACACUAUGUGCUGUUUGUAGACAGCUACCCUCUCACAGUCUCUGGAAAGAUCCAGAAGAAGAAAUUGCGGGAGGCCAUCGAGAAGAAACUGGGCCUGUAACAUUUUUCAAAACCUGAUGAACUUCGCCUGUGUGCUUGUGAAGUGCAUCAGUCCAGACGGGGAAGAGAUGGUCACGAAGAAUUUGAG